AUGCGCGCUGUCGCCCUCCGGCAGCUCCGCCACGCACAGGAAGGACAUUGCACCAAAGGGCCCCAGAGCGUCGAGCAACGCGUCAAGCGGAUCCUCACUGGCACUCCGUUGAUCGAUGGACACAAUGACCUGGCCAUACUCAUCAGGUUUGGCUACAACAACCACAUCUACGAUGAGAAGUUCGCCGGCCCUUUUGAGCAAGGCGGGUUCCCUUCGCACGUCGACUUGCCCCGGCUGCGGGCCGGCAUGAACGGCGGCGCCUUUUGGAGUGUGUUCUGGCCGUGCCCCGAGAAUGGGACGGAUUUCUCGGACGAGAACUAUGCCUCGAGCGUCGCGGCCACGAUCCAGCAGAUCGACCUCAUGAACCGGCUCAAGGAAGCCUACCCCAAUGACUUCUCGCCCACGCUGGACAGCAGCUCGGCCAUGAAGGCCUUCAAGAAGGGCCAGUUAAUCUCGCCUUUGGGGGUUGAGGGUCUGCACCAGAUCGGCAACUCGGUCGCCAACUUGCGCUCCUUCUACAAGCUCGGCGUCCGCUACUCGACGCUCACGCACAACUGUCACAACAAGUACACUGAUGCUGCUCUGUUGGAGAAUCCCCUCCGCAAGGCACCUCCGCACUGGGGCGGCGUCAGUCCGGAGGGCCGGCAGCUCGUCAACGAGAUGAACCGGAUCGGCAUGAUCGUCGACCUGUCCCACACGAGCGUUGACACUAUGGUCGACGUCCUGGGCUCGGGCCGGGACGGGUGGGCCGGGAGCAAGGCGCCCGUCAUCUACUCGCAUUCGAGCGCCUUCAGCAUCUGCCCACACCCGCGCAACGUGCCGGACCACGUCCUCGAGCUGGUGAAGCAGCGGCGCUCGCUGGUCAUGGUCAACUUCGCCCCCGACUUUGUCUCGUGCGUCGCCGCGGACCGCGCCGACGGCUUGCCCGACUUCUACCCACCCAACUCCACUCUGUCCCACGUGGUGACGCACAUUCUACACAUUGGCAACCUCAUCGGCUUCGACCACGUCGGGCUCGGGAGCGACUUUGACGGAAUACCCAACACCCCGAAGGGGCUGGACGACGUCUCCCGCUAUCCCGACCUCGUCGCCGAGAUGCUGAGGCGAGGAGUGAGCGACGGCGACGCGGCCAAGGUGGUGGGCGGCAACCUGCUCCGCGUCUGGAAAGAGGUCGAUGCCGUGGCUGCCCAGCUGCAGAAAGCCGGCGAGUCGGUGCUUGAGGACGAUCUCCCGAGCCUCCGCUUCCCCUCAAACUUUGUAUAG